AAUCGGGGUUUUACAAGAGUUUCAUUGUAUUGGUUACGCAAGUAAUUUUUCGCUUCGCACACAAAUACAAUUGUACAAUUUCAGGGGAAAGUUGUUGAAUCUUUUGAUUUUGCUCCUGGGUUCAAGGUUAAAGAUUGCAAUGGAAGGAGACGGAGAGCAGCUAACAGAGCAGGAGACUGCUCUCUAUGAUCGCCAGAUUAGGGUUUGGGGUGCUGAUGCUCAACGAAGACUGAGCAAAUCUCAUAUACUGGUCCAUGGAAUGAAGGGAACUGUUGCUGAGUUUUGCAAGAACAUUGUGCUAGCAGGAGUUGGAAGUGUUACGUUGGUGGAUGAUCGGGUAGUGUCUGAAGAAGCAUUGUCUGCCAAUUUCUUGAUACCUCCUGAUGAAAAUGUGCGCGGCGGAAAAACUCUUGCGGAGAUUUGUUGUGAUUCUUUGAAGGAAUUCAACCCCAUGGUUCAAGUUUCUGUAGAAAAAGGCAAUAUUUCAACAUUUGGUGGAGAUUUCUUGGAGAAAUUUGAUGUUGUAGUUCUCAGUUCUUGCUCUCUAGAGGAAAAGAAAUUGAUCAAUCAGAAAUGCCGGAAGUUAUCAAAGCGAAUAGCAUUUUAUACAGUUGAUUGUAGAGACUCCUCAGGUGAAAUUUUUGUUGAUCUACAGAACUAUAAAUACUCAAAGAAAAAAAAUGAAGAAACAACCAACUGCCAACUAGAGUACCCAAGCUUUGAGGAAGCAAUUUCAGUACCUUGGACAUCACUUCCAAGGAAAGUGUCAAAGCUAUACUUUGCCAUGAGAGUAAUAGAGCGUUUUGAAGAAGUUGAAGGCCGCAAUCCUGGAGAAAUCUCAGUUGCAGAUCUUCCUGGUGUCUUAAAGCUGAAAAGGGAACUUUGUGAGGCAAAUUCAUUUAAUGAAUCUCAUAUUCCUGAUGCACUGCUGGAAAGACUGCUAAAGGGUAAAAGGGAGUUCCCUCCAGUCUGUGCCAUCAUUGGAGGAAUUCUGGGACAGGAGGUGAUCAAAGCGAUAUCAGGCAAAGGGGAUCCACUAAAGAAUUUCUUUUUCUUUGAUGCCAUGGACGGGAAAGGCUUAAUAGAGGACAUAUCAAAUCCUAACACUAAAACUGAGUAGCUUUAUUCAGGGAGCAUGUGGGAAGUUUAUUUUGUGUAGUUGUUACCCUGUACUGCUUCGCACGAAACUUCACUUGCGGAUGUAGUUUUAUAGGAUUGACCAUGACCAUCUACACUUGAAUUAUUACUCUUGUUUUUGCAUUGGCUAGAAUUAACAUUUUUAUUGUAUCUUGAGAGCAAUUUAUUAUAUUUGUAUGUUUCUCAUUAAAGAAUUGGAAAUGCU